CGCUGGUGUGCUUCGGUGGGUGCUUUCCUGUACCAAACAGCCACGAUUAUAACCCCAGAGGAGAGUCUUGGCUUGAAUACUGGUUCUCAUCAUAUACCUGUUGUUGCUCAUACGACGCCAGUGGUGCCUCAUUAGUCGUUCGAUUUCGUGGGUCCUUCCUGUGGUCCCGGGCUUUAGUACAAGUGAUCUAAAGUGCCCUUGGUACUUGUGAUCCUGCCACACUCCAAGAUAUCAAGCAAUCCUCCCACUCUUCUGCCUUGGUCCUCAACAAGCUCGACAAUCGCUCUCAGCUAGAUCGUCUCUUGCGAAGCUGCAUCCUCAUUUUGGCCUAACCCUUUUUAACCUCACUUAAUCUUUCCCAGGGGCAUCUGUAGACUCUCCAUUCCGACCUUGGCUUGACCAUGAGGUGUUGAUUUGGCCCAACUAGAAAUCGGUCAAAGCGGAAGUCAGAGAAAUUGCUCCAGGCUCACCACGAUGGCACUGGAGGGCGACGAAGACACCGUCAUGGGAGAGGCGGGCAACCCAGGUGCGCCAGCCCAAUUCGAUGGACCCUCUCAACCAUCGAUUACAUCUCCGCUACUGGGUCAGACUUUCAAGCUGCCUUUGUCGCGCCAUCCACUCAACUCACAGCCUCUCUCUGCCUCUUCGAAGCCGGAGAAUGGAGGCGGCAUUUCUCCUCCCAAGAGCCUACCAAAGUCGGUAGACUCCGGUGAUGUGAUUGGCGACGACGAGAAAGAUGAUAGUCUUGUUGAAGAGAACUCCGACUGGUCCGAUGGAGACGCAGUCGCUCGAACUGGCCUCCCGCUCGCCUCACUCCCCUCAGGUUUAUGCUAUGAUGUGCAAAUGCGCUAUCACUGCGAAGUGCGGCCCACUGCAGACGUUCACCCGGAGGAUCCAAGACGCAUCUACUACAUCUACAAAGAGCUGUGCCGAGCUGGACUCGUCGAUGAUCCCGAGUCAAGUCGACCUCUCGUAUCCCGGCCUCUGAAAAGGAUCAAUGCUCGCAAUGCUACCGAGGAGGAGAUUUCCCUGGUCCACACGCCUGAUCACUACGCCUUUGUAGAAAGCACUCAAGAUAUGACGGAUGAUGAACUCAUUGCGUUGGAACAUACACGUGAUUCCAUUUAUUUCAACAAACUCACCUUUGCUUCUUCAAUCCUGUCUGUGGGAGGGGCCAUCGAGACGUGCUUGGCCGUGGCUACCCGCAAGGUGAAGAAUGCCAUUGCUGUUAUUCGACCCCCUGGCCAUCACGCCGAGCAUGACAAGACUAUGGGAUUCUGUCUGUUCAAUAAUGUCUCGGUUGCCGCGCGUGUCUGUCAGCAGCAGCUGGGCGAGAGGUGUAGGAAGAUCUUGAUUCUCGAUUGGGACGUCCAUCACGGAAACGGCAUUCAGAAAGCAUUCUAUGAUGACCCAAACGUUCUCUACAUCUCGCUUCAUGUCUUUCAAGAGGGGAAGUUCUAUCCCGGAGGCGACGAAGGAGACUGGGACCACUGCGGUGGUGGCGCCGGUGUGGGACGCAAUGUGAAUAUUCCGUGGCCAAGUCAGGGAAUGGGCGAUGGUGACUACAUGUACGCUUUUCAACAAGUGGUCAUGCCAAUUGCCCAGGAGUUCAACCCCGACCUUGUCAUCAUUGCUUCUGGAUUCGACGCUGCCGCAGGCGAUGAGCUUGGAGGUUGUUUUGUGACACCAGCUUGCUAUGCUCAUAUGACGCACAUGCUUAUGACGCUUGCCAACGGCAAGGUUGCUGUCUGUCUGGAGGGUGGCUACAAUUUCCGGUCGAUCUCGAAAUCUGCUCUUGCCGUUACGAAGACUCUGAUGGGUGACCCUCCGGAUCGUCUGCAUUCCACCACACCGUCUGAAGCUGCAACAACGACUGUGAGACGCGUGAUGAUGAUUCAGUCGGCCUAUUGGAGCUGCAUGUAUCCGAAGGCACCAAAACAGGAGGGGCACUUCACUGAUCGACUCCACGAUGUCAUCCGUGCUUAUCAGUCAAAGCAGCUGUAUGACAAUUACAAGCUGACAUCUCUUUACAUCUACCGUACUGCCAUCUCGAAGUCAUUUGAGAACCAAGUCCUUGCGAGCCCGAACUACCACCAGGCCAAACCUCUUCUUGUCUUCUUCCAUGACCCGCCCGAGCUCAUGAGUCUGCCUCAUCCCGUUACCAACAAGCUAGAGGCUCAUAACUGCUGGCUGGCUGAUGUAUUAUUGAAGGACUAUGUUGGAUGGGCCGUGGAGAAAGGAUAUGCGGUCAUCGACGUCAACAUCCCGAAACAUGUGACUAUUGAUCCGUCUCCCGGGAAGUACGAGGAUGAAGACGAGAAUCGACCUACCGCCACGGAGGAGCUCGCUGGCUAUCUCUGGGAUAACUAUAUCGAACCCAACGAAGCGACCGAGAUCUUUUUCAUUGGCAUUGGCAACGCUUUCUACGGAGUUGCCAACCUGUUGAUCAACCGAGAGACAUUGUAUAAACGUGUCAACGGCGUGGUCUCGUUUGUGGCUGAGAACCCUGUUCGUGCGGUGGCCUCCCAUACUCAAGUCUGGCUCUCGCGGUGGUACCGAGACAACUCGCUCGUAUUCGUCUCGCACACGCAUGGGGUGUGGACGAGUCUCCAGCGCAAGCCCUCCAAACGCUACGGCAAGCUCGUGCAGUCGCCCAAGGCGGGGCUGAGCGAGAUGCUCAUGGAGCACAAGGAGGAGGUGUACCAGUGGAUCUCGGAGCGCGCGGACGUGGCGGAUAGCGAGGGAACCGAGGACGAGAAGCCUAAGAGACGUGCUGCUGCUGAUGACGAUGGAGUCAAGAGUUGA